AUGGACAAUGCUCCAUAUCACACAAAAGUUGCAAAUCCGACACCUACCAAAUACAGUACGAAGAAAGAAAUGACCGAUUGGCUGAUUAAUAACGGAAUAGAAUGCGAUAUGAAAAUGAGGAAAGCGGAACUGUAUUCGCCAAUUGAUAGGAAUCGCCCUAAAGAAAUCAUAUAUAAAAUUGACAGCAUAAUAAAAGAAAAUGGGCAUUAUGUCUUGCGACUUCCCCCCUACCAUUGCGAUUUAAAUGCGAUUGAAUACGUUUGGUCUUCAGUCAAAAGACUCAUCAAAGAGAGAAAUAUAACAGGAGACUUAAGUUUAGAAAACUUACAGAAUCUGUUGUGCGAUGCUUUGGGCGGAGUGUCUUCCAAGGAAUGGGAGGCUCAUUGCCGUCAUGUGGAAAAACUUGAAAAUUCUUAUUGGGAAAAAGAUGGAAUUUUAGAGGAAGUAGUACUAUCUUUAUCUGAUGUCAUGAGAACGGUUUCAGGAGUACCAAUUUUUACUAUUAUGCCAUAA